AUGAUACAAAACGCUGUAUCAUCUGCAAGAUCUCAAGAAAAUGAUUCAAAUACAGAAGUGAGUUAUGGAACAUGUUUUUUUCAACUAGAAGCUUUUAUCUCUCAUGAUGAAAAUAUCCCGUGAUAUUUUUAAAUAAUCAGAUAUUUUUUUUGUUUUCAGAAAAUUCUGCCAAUUUUCACUGCAACAACAACCAUUGAUGGGCCAAAUAUGCACUGUUUGGACACUUUUGAGUUCAAAUUGAACGAAAAUGGUGAAGUCCUGAAUAUCGUUAAAACGCUAUCAAAAAGCGAAUUUAGUGCACCAUCCGUUGUACCAUUAAACGUAUGUUUUUUCUUUCUCAAAGAUGUCUGCAUAUUGUUUUCUUCUUCACAUUUUCCAACAAAAAAAAACAUUUUUUUUAGGUUUUCAACAAUCCUUUUGUUCAACCAAAUAAAGAUGCUAUUAAUAUAUCAAAUGUCGAAGAAAUCAUGCCACAAACACAUAUAAACAACACAGAUAUGUCCAGUAUUAUUAACUAUAAUCCGUCAAGCAGCUCUACGUCACAAUCGGUUAGUUUUUACGAAGAUAAUAUUAUAAAUAGUUUAAAUGCAUCACAGCAAAAAAGACAACAUCAAUGCGACACAUCUACAAGUAAUCAAUCGAUGAAUAAUAAAGCUAAGAAAAUGAAUAUAAAUGAUAUUAUUUCAACUUGUCCAUCAUCGAAUUUCCAAAACCUCCUGAAAUUUUCAAAUCAUUCGAUGGCAAAUGCAAAAACGCAUGAUCUCACUGAAUAUCAAAUAUCAGACGAUAACUCCCUACACUCAAAGUUGCAAGGAACAAUGCAAAUGAUAGUCGAUGAGCCAGUAUCAAAUCUCCAAGCAACUUUUAGUCCACCAUUACAAUCCCCAACAAAUCUUCAAUUGGUUGAUAAUAUUAUGUUAUCUCCGAUCAAUAAUCAAAAUUGGAAAAAUGACAAUGGCUCAUAUUUGAAUGUUCAAUAUACACCGCCAUCGAUUAACUCGUGUUCUCCCCAAGAGAAAAACUUGAGUCCAAAAAACCAAGGAAUUUCUAGUGAAUCAAGUUCAACUGCAAAUUUUUUUCUACCAAAUUUUGUGAGUUCAAUUCAAAUAAUAAUCUUUUUUUAAUCCUUUUACCUUUUAGAAUGAGUUUAUCAGCAAUAUGCAACAAUAUACUCAAAAAAAUCAAUCUGGAAGUAAUGCAUUUCCUAUUGUCCAACAAGCUGUAACAGCUCAACCAGAGAUAACAAAUGAAUCACCUGAGAAAAACGUAAUUCGUAUUGUUCCAUUUCAAAAAAUUAGAGAUAAGCCUAUUGAUGUUGUGACUAUUUCUGAUGGCGUUACGAACAAGAGAGUAGAUAUGCCAAUUUUGACUGCAGAAAAUAGAAACUUCUCCAUUCGUCCAAUGAAUGAAGUCAAUACGUAUAAAAAUUUGAAAUUUGUGUCUGGUAUGUUUGAUACAUUAAAAAAAUAGAAUCUCAAAUUUUUCAGUUGACGACCAAUCGUUGAUGUAUAGAUGGAUGAAAGACGUCGAUUUCGUCGACAAAAAUAAGAACGAAGACUUGAAGUGUCGUCUAUACAUGAAAUUUCGAUAUAAUGUCACAUCACAAGAGAUUCAACGUAAACCUCUUCAAAAGUGUUUUGAUAUAAUGUUGUGUAAAGCACUUUCUCUGGCUGAUGGAACCAAAGAAAAAACAAAAAUGGACGUAUGGUAAGAUUUCAACUGAUAGGAACAAAUAUUAUUUGAACAGUUUUUCGUUUUUUUAGGUUCCAUCAUCCUUCCUUACCAAAAGGGAAAAAACAUUUCAAAGAGCUGACAUAUAGAACAUGCCAUGGUUUUUAUUUGGUUGAGCAGGUUGUAAAUCUUCAAGACAGUUCUUCACUGUUUUUCAUUGAUGAAAAGUUCAGAAUUCAAGUUGACAUUGAACGAAAAUUCAGAAGACAAACUGUUAAAUCAAGAAAAACUUUAUUGAAAUCUGUUUGUGUUGGAUUAGCUUAUUUAAAUCAGUCAAAAGACCAACCAGGAGAAAAUGACGAAUAUAACGACAUUUGUAAUACAAUCACUACUCAGAACAAAGCAGCCGAUAAGUUACAAAAAGAAUUGAAUAUUACCGAGAAGGAAUCAAAUUUGAACACUGACAAUACAUUAAUCAAAAGAAUAGCCACAUUAUAUCCUGAUAUCAAAUUCAGUGUACGUUCUAAUGCACAUUCAACAAAAGACUUCAAUACAACUAGUAAAAAAAUCAUCAGAUUGUUUGA